UUUUCGACGAGGAAGCUGCGGGCUCCACAACAAUAACAGUGCUAGGAGCAAGGGAAUGACACGCUUUCCGACUUAAAUCCCGCUUUAAGUCACACGGGAUGACAGCUACUUUUGCAAGUAACGCAAUGCAAAACAUUUUUCCGCUUUAGGAAGACCUAUAUGUUGCAGUUGGUGAGCAUACCUAUACCUUUAUAUAUAGAUGCGCAGGUGAUAGGUUAGCCUGUUCGAACUCUACCGUACCCGUCUUUUUGUUUAAUGUCACUGGUGUCAGGCCCCCAGUGCAAACAUGGAGAGCUUGUACAAGCGCAAAAUGUUCGCUUCGAUGCGCAAAACCAAGACGGACCUGUCGAAGAAGAGGCAGAUCGGUCUCCCUGCCUCCAUCCUGGACGACAGUGACGAGGGCUCCUUCUCCUCUUCCUCGUCGUCCGGUUCCCAGUCCGACUUCCAUAGCUCCCCGGAGGAAGACAGUGACCAGGAGGAGUGGCAGAGGAGUGAUUCCGGAGCCACGUCGAGCGACGACAGUCGCUCUGUAACCCGCAGAAAGCGCUCUUUUCUGGGAGGCGACGAAACAUCCUCGUCCUCGAGCACUGCCAAGGAACGAAAUGAUGAUGAUGAGGACGACGACGAUGAUGAUGAUGACGAUGAUGAGAAGGACGGGGUGAAGGAGAGAGAGACUCAGCCAAAGAGGAUGGUGCAGCCCAGGAAGAGGUCCAGGGUUCAGCGACAAGAUGAUUCGGACUCAGAUCGUGCAGAUGAGAAGCGGCGAGAGGAAGAGGAGAAGGCGAAGAGGAGACAGAGACACAACAAGCUGCUGGCGCUGUCCCGCAGAAUGAAGGCCCGAGUACCCAGCCGGAGGAGGAUCCGCGUCAAACAGGAUGAUGAAGAAUCAAAAGAAGUGGAAGAUGGCAGUCAUGGAGAUGAGGAAGCAGGGAAUGGCAAGGCCGAGGCUUCGGGUGAAGAUGGAGCAGAGAGGGAAAAAGAAGAGGAGAAGGAGAAAGAGGAAUCGGAAGAAGCGGUGAAGGAAUAGCUUCAACCUUGCAGCGAAGGGUACCAAAUGGGGAAUCGGAAUGUGCAAAUAUCGCAGUCUUGUUUUCAAUUUGAAACGGAACUCUGUACAGUGUUUUGUCUUCUACAACACUAGUAAAACAAGCGACACGUGAACAGCCGGUUUUUAUGAUGAUGUGUUGCUAUCGAGACUAACAUUGAUUAUGAGCCACAUUGAGAUGCCUAAAAGUGAGAAUGGAAGAACCUUCCACUUUUGACACAGCUCAAUCCUUCAAUAUCAGUGGAUUCUGAAUUGGGACUGCAUGAGCAUGGGUUUGUGUUUCUUCCUUUUAGAUCAGGCCUAUCGCACCCUAGAAGUGAAGACAGGAGAGGUUGGCGAACUUUUUUUUUUUUUUUUUUUCCUUCAGUCUUACUCAAGUUGGUAUGAAUAAGCCAAAUUUUUCAUGAUUCUUCUCUAAAUAAGAACAAUAUUAUUUGUGCAGGGCCAGCUGUUUUAAAAGAGUAAAACAGGUGCUAAUUUGCCAGAGUACAAAACACAUUUAUUGUUUGAAGAUAUCUUAAGGGGCAUAAUAUGCAAAUUUUUAAGUUCAUACUUUUUGAAGGGUGAAAUAGGCACAAUCGUAUGCUCCCAAAAUGUUAUUUUUUACAUUACUGUGCUGUUUCUUGUUUGAGCUUGUUGUUCCAAAAUUACGGUUGUUUGCAUAACAAGUUUACCAUCAGAGAGUUUCAUUGUGAAAAUUUGAAUUGGGCAAUAUUUAUAUCAGAUCAUUAUAUUUCUUCAUAUUUUGAAUUAAAAUUAGCCAAACAUUUGUAGAGUAUGAGCUGCAAGUUACCAAGUGCUUAAGCUUUACUACUCAGUAGCUGUGCUAGCUAUCUGCUAGCUUCAUAUUAAUAUCCUUUGAGACUCAUCAGCUUCAUUUAAAUAAAUCCCUGCAUUUAAAUGUUUCUUUAAUAUUUUAUGAAUGCGUAUGAGGCCACCCGAGGUUUUGCAGGGUUUAACAUCUCUGUUGUAGCCAUGAAGUCUCAUUUUUGUCACUAAAAGGCUGAAGAUGGCCUAAAAAUGAACUGCCUGUAAAUCAGCAUUCAUAUUAAGGAGUCGCCAGCUGCCAAUGGAACUGAUCUCGGCACUGAUUUGAAGAUUUACAGUACAUUUACCGAAUGAAAGUGUUGAUUGUUUUGAACACUCCAAUCUUGUUAACUCAUCAGUGUAAAUAACUGGAUUUUUGAACUAGCUAUAAUGAAGAUAAUUUUCCGUAUCCAUGAUCAUGAUACCGAAGAACUCAAUCACAAAGCUUCUCUGUAAAAAAAUCUUUGUGUGUGCGAAUGUGUCAAACCUGCAGUAUUAAGAGACAUUGGAUACUUUUAUUUGACCAAAUGUUUCUUCAGUUCCUAGAACCGGUGUAAAAAUAACCAGGCCUUCAUCGUACACUUGUAUUUUUCCACAGGUCUGUUAAUCAUAAUAUUUGGCUCUGUGUCUAUUGCGGAAUCCUACUGAGCUGUAAAAAUGAUUUUCCUUACAAACUAAAGGAACUAUUUUUUCCCUGAUAUAUAUUUUUGGACAAAAGUAGUAAUUUGACAACAAAUGCUUUGGAAUUUGAGGCCAUUGUGGCAAUGGUAUUUGUCAACGACACUUAAAGUGCCAGUAGUUGUAGUUGAUAAAAAUAAUUUUAAAAAAUAUCUGUACUUACAUCCAUGAUUUAAAGCAAAACGCACACAGUAUUUUUAAAAAAAAUGAAUGUAUUUAAUUUCCUACUUGUCCCUAAAAAAAAGAAAAAAUCAGCUGUGGCUUAUUUUCAUCUUCAACUAGGCAUAGACUUCAUAAUGUAUUGACAGGGCACGUGGCUGAUAGAUAGGGGGCCUGCAUUGUUGGCGAGGCCGUCAAAGCUGACCGAGUGGAAUCAAAGAGCUUUUUUCGUUGCAAAUUAUUGUUAAUAAAUGCUUAAAUCCCUGUAUUCUUUAUAGAUAUGGAUGUAAAACAGUCUUGAUUAUUGGUUAAAAGCAACAACAACAAAACGUGCAGUUCGACAUAUUUACGUAAAAUAAAUGCUAAGUACAAUGCUAGUCUGUUAGUAAACGUAGCUAGCAGCCGCCUUAUGAAAACAGAGCUUUUCCAGUGAAAAUUCUUGUGAAUAAAUGCUUAAAUGCCCGAAUUCUUUGUAGAUAUGGAUGUAAAAGUCUCGAUUCCUGGUAAAAAGCAAAAAAAUAAACGUGCAGUUCGACAUAUUUACGUAAAAUAAAUGCUAAGUACAAUGCUAGUCUGUUAGUAAAUGUAGCUAGCGGCCGCCUUAUGAAAACAGAGCUUUUCCAGUGAAAAUUCUUGUGAAUAAAUGCAUAAAUCCCUGAAUUCUUUGUAGAUAUGGAUGUAAAACAGUCUCGAUUCUUGGUAAAAAGCAAAAAAAAAAAAGUGCAGUUAGAGUUUAUUUUACGUAAAUAAGUCGGAAUACAAUGCUAGUCUGUUAGGAAAUGUAGCUAGCGGCCGCCUUAUGAAAACAGCUUUUCCAGUGAAAAUUCUUGUGAAUAAAUGCUUAAAUCCCCGUAUUCUUUGAAGAUAUGGACGUAAGACACUCUCGAUUCUUGGUAAAAAGCAAAAAAAAAAGUGCAGAUAGCAUUUAUUUUACGUAAAUCUUGCGAACUAUGAUGCCAAUCCAGUAGCGGCUAAUUUCUCCCAUUGAUUUUUUUUUUACAACGUUUCAAAAUGCAUGCAUGGUAUGAAAAAUAUAAUAAUUACCUUGAAUCCUCGAACAAAAUCACUCCUGAGACAAUCGUUCCUGUUUUUAUGCGGUAUAGCUUUCGUACUUUUUCAAUAGAAAUCCGGCGUUAGAUUGCUGCGUGCGUGUGUUUUUGAAUAGCUCCUUUCAAUGUGUGCGGCCCCUUACUUGAAGGCGAGGCACAGUGCAUGACCGAUCUGACCCGUCAAUACCAUUAUGAAGUCUAUGGACUGGGGCAUUUAACUUUAAUUCAGCACAUUUUGUAUUGCUGCGCCUUUUUUUCCCUCUCAUGUAUUUGUGUGCUUAAAGAAAAGAACCAAUGCUUUCGCCAAUCAAAUUUCUAUUAAUUGUUUGUGUUCAUGACAUUUUAAAUUUGCUUUUUUUAUUUUAUCCAGUGUGCAAAUGUGUAUAUCAUCAUUUGAUUUAUCGGCACAAUGUCAAAAUACAUAUUAAUUUGAAAUAAAUAGGACUUAGGGAUUUCGUUCCUCAGCAGUGUCGGUGUUUUUAGUCCUAACAUUUUAAGGCCUUAAGUGUUUUAUUCAUCAUCGCACAUGUCACCUGUACUAUCAGUGCUCUGUAUGUUUUCGGACUGUUUUUCCUGUGGCUUUUUUUGUCCAGCAUAAAACUUUGAAAAUAAGCCUGCUUUUUAAAAAAGAAAAGGAAAAAAAAGCUUCAUGAUUAAUAAAAUUUCUGGUUCAUGAGCUAAA